AUGUCGCAACCAAUUCAUUUUGUGCAUGAGACGAAGCCAGGGUCCUCAUUGGAUUCGAGCCAAGUACGUGCUCUCCGAUCACACGUCCGGAAAGUCAAUCUGGAGAGAUCAAACCAGAAAAGCACUCGGCGGCUAGAGAAUUUUCGCUCCUUGACCAUUACAGAUUUCUCAGAGGGAGGCAAAGUGAAAAGCGGCAAGCGAAAACAACCCCCGAGCGCGGAUGCCUGUAACAGUCUUGAACCGGAAAUUGAAAACCUUCCAUCACGAGAAGGUGGCUCGCAACAGUGCCCCCUGAAUCCCGGCGGUGCUGAUACUCCCUCAACCGCCUUUCAAUUCCUGUCGUCAUCGGCAGGCGAUGGUCCUCCGAGACGAUGCACUUGUGCGAAGACUGGCUCGAAGCCAAGCAAUCCCAAAUUGCCGAGCUCGGGUCAGCUCCCAGUUGUUGGUGCUUCGGCCUCCACCGACGAAUGCCAUCCAUACGCGGCGCAUAUUUCAAAAGCUAUUGAUCUCGAUCCAACACGGAUUGACUACCUUCUCAGGAGUUGUGCCUUUCAAGUGGCGGCCGAACCACUACUUGUCUCAGGGCCCGUCGAGGGGGACUUGACGGCGCUUUCCCUAUUUCCAGAGUGCUUGACUAACUCGGCAUUUCUUUACGCCCUUCUCUAUUCUAUUCUUCACAUCCAUAACUCCUGUAACACAACAAACGAGUCGCUUCUACUCAAGACGAAAGCCAUCGAAUGCCUGAGAGAAGACUUGCAGAAGGACGAUCCCAAUAUUCGAGCACUGUCAAUUGGAACAAUACUACUUCUUUCCUGUGUUGCGCACAUUCAGAGGGUCUUUAUAAGCUUCUCGAACAUUGCCAUGCAGAUGGCACGCAGCUACGGUCUGAUGUACUGCACGCAGUUUUCUGGUUCGUCAAGCCCAAAGACGCAGAUCGGAGUGGGCUUAUUGACCCUUCGUUGCAGGCAACACCUUCUAGGUACCGCGCUCGUGUGCACUCAACAUCAAUUCCAGCAACCAGAUUUCCGAGGCCUUCUUCUCGGCCAAAGCGAAGAAUUUCCUACUGCUUCACUGCCUACCCUACCACUUGGAUUUGUUCUACACGAAGAUGUCAUCAGCAGCGACGUCUUACUAUGUAUUCGCUACGUCCUUUACCUCCAAGAGCUCGUCGGGAUAGGUACUACCAACCGGGAGACGAUUGAAGACCUACAAGCAUCUAUCCAGUCUCGACUUGUCUUCCACGAGGACAGUUGUAAGAAAAUGGGCCAGAUAGCAGAAUGCUGCCGGUGGGCCGUAUAUAUUGUUUGUUACAUGACAAGCACGCCAACAUGGACGAGCGCCUUUGUGCCGCUCAGGCUGGCAGAGAAGCUCCUAGCACACCUCGACAAGAGCUUGGGCACAGAUCUGUGGCGCUAUCGACGCGACCUGUUUCUGUGGUUGCUGCUCGUCGGCAUGUCGGUGGGCAAUGGUCGGAACUGUUUCGCCGUGGAGCUUGCCUCUCGGUACCAAGAUUUCACCGACAAAGUAAUUGAGGACGUGCAAAAGUGGGACGAACUGCGGGAUGGAGCCAAGGCCCUCAACAACGUGGUGAAGCGGUUCAUCUACGCUCAAGACUGGGUUGCCAAAAGACAUCUGCUCCCCCGUUGGACGGAUCUGGAGAUGAGUGUGUUUCUGUGUGGUUCGGAUGAUGUUGACAUUGAGAUGGGAAACGAAGAGACCAAUGCUCUUCUACAAGAGCUGGUGCCGGAUACUAACCUUUUUGAGUGA